CAGACUCAGAGCUGGAGAUGAUCUGCACUCAUCCAGGGAGGCUGAGCACAUGUUUCCACUGAGAGACUCUUCACAAGCUCCUAAUAUUAUCAGCCUCUGAAACACCAAUGGAUCUGCCGAAAAUUCUUUGAAGAACAAAAAGCAGAGAAAGUAAAAGCAGGAAGGAUAGAAACUUUUUUUUUUCUUUUGUCAGAUGAAAGCUAGAUAUUUUCAUUUUCUUAAUUUGACAAAUUUUUAAAGAAACUUUUAUUUGGCACAUUUACGAUGGACGUCUCCACGCCACCUCAGAUCACGGUGGCUGGGGUUGGUGUCCCGGAAUGUGGGGAAGAUGAGGAUCAGCCAACAGACGAUCAUCUCAUGACCCUGAAGGCCUUGACGGAGAAGCUGAGACUGGAGACCAGGAGACCUUCGUACCUGGAGUGGAAAGCCCGGCUGGAGGUGGACAGAUUCAAAGAGUCGGGAACCAGGAAGAGCCAGAUUCUGAAGGAACCUGAAGGGAAACUAGGUGCACCCAAGGAGGGUGCGGUGAACCCUGACGUGAUUCAGUGCAAGCUGCCUUCGGGUGUUCUGAAAGGAUUUGGGAAUAUUGACGAGGCUCUCAGUUGGCUCAGGAGAGAACUGACUGACAUGCGUUUGCAGGACCAGCAGCUGGCGAGGCAGCUCAUGCGGCUCCGCAACGACAUCAACAAGCUGAAGAUCGAGCAGACGUGCCACCUGCACCGUAGGAUGCUCAAUGACGCCACCUUCGGCCUGGAGGAGCAGGACGAGCUGUCCGACCUGCUGUUCGAGUGCCCGGUGACCCCGGGCCUGGGCCUCUCGGCCCCGCUGAGACUCAUCGGCGUCACGAAGAUGAACAUUAAUUCUCGCCGGUUCUCGCUCUGCUAGUGGCUCCUGAACACAAAACUCAAUACUAGUCCGCCAUGUUUGAUAGUAGUGAAACUCUUAAUGCAGGGCUUGAUCGCAUUUUUGUGGGGGUGAAGCCAGUUCUUUUAAAUCAAAGAGAUUUAGGGAUAGAGUUUGACUUUAGUUAGUAAUUAUAAGUUUAUGACUCUAAGCUACACGGCAGCUAUAUACAGCAACCUCUCUGUUUUAAAACCUUUUGGCCAGCGUGACUUUAAAUACAAUACCUGCAGUUUUUAAACUACAUCUCAAGCUUGUUCCAGUCCAUUUUUAAGCCUUAUCAGUCUUACUGUUACCUGUUACUUUAUAUAUUUCUCCAUUUUUAACCAUAUGUUUCCUGCAUAUAAACUUUUAUAUGGUGCUUUCAUUGACUAUCAUUUGUCCCGGAUCUUAAUCUAAAUGUUUUGUGCUUUUAAAAAGAUGCCUUAUUAUGGAUUCAAAAUGUACAAUAUAUAUAUAAUGCAGCAUUAAGUAGUACCAAUUAUUUAGGGAGCUGCAUAAUUGUACAGAAUGAAGGAAAUCAUAUGUUCUUUAUAAUGAUUAUGAUGACUAAAAAAUUGCACAAUAGCAACUGCAGUCAUGAUGGUUUCCAGUCGUUAUAAAUAAGGAUGUCUUGCAAAAUCCUGAGCUUUGCCUUUUUAAUAGUUAAACUCCAGCCAGGAAGUAAUAAUCUAUGUUGGUAUUUACUGUAUAAUUGGAUAUAACAUCGGACAUGUGCUCAUUUUCAUAACAAGGACAUUAAGGGGGGGGGGGCCUUGCAUUUGAAAUGUAAGCACAUGAGAAUUGAGUCAGCCGUUGUCACGCACAGACCGAGCACUAGGAAAAUGAGUUUCAGGGUUUGAGAUGCUCCUCCUGAUCUGCUGUAAUACAAUCUGAUCAGAGCUCUACACGUUUUCAACAACAGUACAGACAGAACAGAUAAGUCUUACAUCAACCUCUGAUAUUAUGAUUAUGAUGCCGAUGUGUGUUGGUGGUAUUCCAACAUCAGUGUUCUCUACCAACACGACACGCUGGCCUCUGUCUCAGUUUGCUUUGUUCUGUUGACUUGAUCUUGCGUUAAUAAUCCUAUAAUCUAAUGGAACAAACUGUACCUUUAAACCGGUUUUGGACAAACAUGAUACCCUGAGUGGGUCGUUGUUAGUGCUAAUUUGUUUGUACAACUGUACAGGAAAUAAAUAAUCC